AUGGCGGACGAUGGAUUACGCAAAGAUGUUGGGGAUGAGACGCUAGACUCCGAUGUGCUGCCGAAGGCGAAAAGUGGGAAUACUUUUAGUCCUGAGUUGGAGGUUGAGGGGGGACAGAGGGGGGAUGAUGCGGAGGUUGAGAGGGUUGAGAGGGUUUAUAAGAAGAUUGAUCGUAGGAUUAUUCCAGCUUUCUGGAUUCUCUAUUUCCUCUGCUCAGCCAUUCGUUCCAAUGUCGGUCUGGCUCAGACUAUGAAUUCCUCUUCUGGUCACUCCCUCUCGCAAGUCCUGCAUCUCACAGCAAAGCAAACUUCAACAGCACUCGCCCUGUUCUACGUCGCCUAUGUCAUCUUCGAUUGCCCUUCGAACCUCAUCAUGACCCGACUUAGCCCACGUGUAUGGAUGUCUCGAAUCGUCAUCGCCGUUGGAAUCAUCGGGGCUUGCUUCGCGGCCGUCAAGGCUGCUUGGAGUCUUCUUCUUCUCCGAUUCCUUCUGGGCGUAGUGAUUGCUGGCAUGUGGCCUGGCAUGGCGUACUACCUGACCUUGUUCUACCCCCCUUCACGCACCGGCAAGCGAAUCGGGAUGUAUUUCACCGCAGCCCAGGUUUCUGCUGCUGUGGUCGGCCUCGUCUCGGCCGGGUUUCAGAAGAUGGAUGGAUUAGGUGGACUCGUGGGUUUCCAGUGGAUGUUUCUACUUUAUGGACUUUGUGCAAUCAUCCUAGGGUUUGUUCUGUUGUGGUGGCUGCCAGACCGUCCAUUGCCGCCUGGACAAACACGGCCUAAAUCUGGACUCUCGCGAUGGCUGCCUUCUACCCCACCUGUUCUCACAGGCGAAGAUGCUGAAAUUCAUUAUCGUGAUCUAACCAGAGUUUAUCACCCAAGAAGGUGGACUUUGAAAGAUCUAGGCAUGGUGCUGAUUGAUUGGCGACUAUGGCCGUUAGUCAUGAUGUACUUUGGAGUUGUAGGGGUUGGUAUUGGCACCCAACUCUAUGGAACCGUAAUCAUAUCUGGGAUCGAUUCAAGCUUUUCAGGCAUCACUCUGAGUUUGUUAUUUGCUCCAAUCUGGGUGAUGGACCUUAUUGCAAUCCUCCUAGUAACCCCAAUAUCUGAUCGCUUCCACCACUAUCGAGCAGCCUUCUUCUCCGCAGCCGUGUGCAUUCAAAUCGCCGGUCUUCUUACCACUACUUUCGCACCACGAGGACAGCCAUGGGCUCGCUACGGUGGUCUCCUUAUGGUAGGCUUCGGUCUUGGUCCCACCGUUCCAAUCUGCAUGACUUGGACCAACGAGAUCUUCCAACGCAGACACGGCGAGGUUGGUGUCGCGGCCGCUAGUGCUCUUGUGAGUGGCCUCGGGAAUUUAGGCAGUGUCAUGACUACGUAUGCGUUGUACACUGGCUGGCCUGAGGAUGCGAAGAAAGGACCACAUCAAUACCGCAAGAGUAAUCUCGUCAUGAUCGGUAUACUAUGUCUGAGUAUCCUAAGCAGCUUCGCAAUGACUCUCUUGUUGAAGAUUGUGGGUAACCCGCCCAGUGGGAAGAUCACCACCGACGACAGCUCCGAGGACUUUCAAGAUGGCGCCGCAAGACGAGAAGGUGUCCAGAGAGGCUUUGGCAGGAUGUGGUGGAGUCGAUAG